AUGGUCAGCUCCUGUUGUGGUUCUGUCAGCUCUGAGCAGAGCUGUGGCCUGGAGAACUGCUGCCGCCCCAGCUGCUGCCAGACCACCUGCUGCAGGACCACCUGCUGCCGCCCCAGCUGCUGUGUGUCCAGCUGCUGCAGGCCCCAGUGCUGCCAGUCUGUGUGCUACCAGCCCACCUGCUGCCGCCCUAGCUGCUGCAUCUCCAGCUGCUGCCGCCCCUCUUGCUGUGAAUCCAGCUGCUGCCGCCCGAGCUGCUGCAUCUCCAGCUGCUGUCGCCCCAGCUGCUGUGUGUCCAGGUGCUGCAGGCCCCAGUGCUGCCAGUCUGUGUGCUGCCAGCCCACCUGCUGCCGCCCCAGCUGCUGCAUCUCCAGCUGCUGUCGCCCCAGCUGCUGUGUGUCCAGGUGCUACAGGCCCCAGUGCUGCCAGUCUGUGUGCUGCCAGCCCACCUGCUGCCGCCCCAGCUGCUGCAUCUCCAGCUGCUGCCGCCCCUCUUGCUGUGAAUACAGCUGCUGCCGCCCCUGCUGCUGUCGCCCCUGCUGCUGCCUGCGUCCAGUCUGUGGCUGAGUCUCCUGCCACA